AGACGCACAUCAUAAAUGCAAAGCAAACACUCAGACGGUGGAUGUUCAGAGGCUCAAUCGCUCUCACUCGGAAAAGAGUUUAACCCAGACUGUGCUUUAAAGACCUCAGUGUUCAGGAAGCAUGACGGAGUGGACCACAACAUCUCCAAUUCAUUAGAACCUCCAAGCCCAGAACUACAGUCACUGUACUCAACACGGCCCAAUCACAAGAACACGGACUUUUUUGAAAUGAUUGAAAAGAUGCAGGGAUGCAGAAUGGACGAACAGAGAUGCCCUCUUCCACCGCCUCUCAAAACAGAAGAAGAUUAUAUUCCGUACCCCAGCGUUCAUGAGGUCCUGCAGCGGGAGCCGCCUUUCCCGAUCAUCCUCCUCCCUCAGUUCGGUGGCUACUGGAUCGAGGGGACUAACCACGACAUCACAAGUUCUCCUGAGACAGAGCGGGUUUCAUCAACCCCUUCCAAACACAAGCUGGAAUUCAACUCAAUUGCCAAACUCUACAGGAAGCACUUCCUGGGAAAGGAACAUUUCAAUUAUUACAGCAUUGACAACGUUCUGGGCCACCUGGUCUUUUCCCUCAAGUAUGACAUUAUUGGUGACCAGGAGCACCUCCGCCUCUUGCUAAGAACCAAAUGCAAAACGUACCAGGAUGUCAUCCCCAUAUCCUGCCUAAUUGAGUUCCCAAACGUGAUCCAAAUGGCAAAGCUUGUUUGUGAAGAUGUAAACGUGGAUCGUUUUUACCCUGUCUUGUACCCUAAGGCAUCCCGGCUAAUUGUAACAUUUGACGAACAUGUUAUCAGCAAUCAUUUUAAGUUUGGGGUGAUUUAUCAGAAAUUCGGCCAGACCUCAGAGGAACAAUUGUUCACCAACACUGAAGAGAGUGCUGCCUUUGUGGAGUUUCUGGAAGUGUUGGGGGAGAAGGUUGAACUUCAAGACUUCAAAGGCUUUCGAGGGGGCCUCGAUGUUGCACAUGGCCAGACAGGAACGGAAUCAAUCUACUGCAAGUUCAGAAACAAGGAAAUAAUGUUCCACGUCUCCACAAAACUCCCAUACACAGAAGGGGAUGCACAACAGCUUCAAAGGAAACGACACAUAGGGAAUGACAUAGUGGCCAUAGUCUUCCAAGACGAGAACACCCCUUUUGUGCCAGACAUGAUUGCGUCGAACUUUCUGCAUGCUUACAUUGUUGUACAGGUCCAGUCCCCCUGUAGUGACAACACGCUGUACAAGGUCUCUGUCACUGCGAGAGAUGACGUGCCAUUCUUUGGCCCAACUCUUCCUGACCCAGCCGUCUUUAAAAAGGGUGCUGAGUUUCAAGACUUCUUGCUCACCAAGCUCAUUAAUGCAGAGUACGCAUGCUACAAGGCAGAAAAGUUUGCCAAGUUGGAGGAACGGACAAGGACAGCCCUGCUGGAGACCCUCUAUGAAGAGCUGCAUGUAAACAGCCAGGCCAUGAUGGGGCUGCUCAACGAGGACGAGAAGAUUGAGAAUGGAGGAAGUGGAGGAGGAGGAUUUUUUGAAUCUUUUAAGUCACAGACUCAGGCAAAAGAUACUCAACAUGAAUGACAGCACACACAAAAUGCUGGAGGAACUCAGCAGAUCAGGCAGCAUCUGUGAAGGGAAAUGAAUAAGCAUCGAUGUUUCGGGCCGAGAGUCCUGAUGAGGAUCAGAAGAUACUCUAGAAUGGAUUUAGAAAGCUGGUUGACUGUGUGGAAGGGAAGGGUUGGAUUGAUCUUGGAGUAGGUUAAAAGGCAGCACAGCAUUGUGGGCUGAAGGGCCUGGACUCUGCUGUAGUGUCCCAUGUACCAGCUCUUAUUUCCCACGUUUUUAAGCGAGAAUAUUUGUGAAUUUCUUCAUCAGGAUUGUCCUGGUGAAGGGUUAGUAUGUGUAUAGCUGUAAGAAAGCAUCAUGUAUGGACUAGUCUGACUUCACUUGUACCCUUACCGAGUCUACAUCAGUCUCAUCUCUCGCACACAGCUCAUUGCCUUGGUAACUUGGUUGAUCUAACGCGUGUGUCUGUCCUCACCACCCUUAUGUAUGUCUGGCCUUCCUUGUGUGCCGCACCCGACUCUCCCGUGAGAGCCUGCACUGUGGUUUUAAAGAUUUAAGGCUGAGCUUUAUUGGCCAUUCGUGCAUCAAGGCACACAGUGAAAUGUGUCGUUUGCAUUAGCAACCAACACAGUCUAAGGAUGUGCUGGGGGCAGCCCACAAGUGCUGCCAUGCUUCUGGCACCAGCAUAGCAUGUCCACGACUUCCUAACCCUGACCUGUCCGUCUUUGGAGUUUGGGAGAAGACUGAAGCACUCCGAGGAAGCCCACCCAGUCACGGGGAGAACGUGCAAACUCCUUACAGACAGCAGCAGGAAUUGAACCUCGAUCAGUGACGGCUGGCAUUGUAGCACCAUGGUAACAUAGCACUUAACCCGACACUAUUACAGCUCGGGGCAUCAGAGGUCGGAGUUCAAUUCCAGCAUCCUCUGUACGUUCUCCCCGUGAUCGUGCGGGUUUCCUCCGGAUGCUCCAGCUUCCUCACACAGGCCAAAGACAUACCAGUCAGUAGGCUAAUGGGUCGUAAAUUCUCCUGUGACUUGGCUCGGACUAAACUGGGAGUUGCUUGUGGCACAGCUCGAAGGGCUGGGAGGGUCUGGUCCACAAGGUAUCAACAAAUAAGUAAAGCGUUGCACAAACUGCUGUCCCAGUCUGGGAAAGGGUGUAGCCAAGAGAAGUUACCCAUCACUUCAGAUCUACACUGUUCGGAGAUUUCAACCCUGAGCUCCAGAUCAAAUCUAAAAGUUUUACAGAAAAAUCCCAGGGGUCAACAGAAGCUGUUUGUCAAAGCAUCUUUGUGUAGAGUUGAUGUUAUCAGAUCUGCAACAGCUGCCUUCAGAGAUGAGAGAUCCUGCUGCCAGGGUCUCUGCCCUAAUCUACUGCAGAGGGACUGUGCUACACAGUGAUAAAGUUCUUGUAAUACUGCGGGUUGUUUUGUCUACUCCCAGCAGAUGGGUCUCAUCAUUUCAUCUCGGAAAAUGAAAACUCUGAUUUCAGACCUCCCCACUCAUGGGGAAGGCUUCAGGAGUAAACCCUGUGGGAAAAUGCAGAGCUGGAAUCCCUAGGGCAGAUCUAGGUCGAGUUCCACACUGACUGGCAAGUCCUGCGACACUGCUGGUGCCAAACUGUAUCGAUCUCUGCCGUCCCCUUGGAUUCAUCAGCUGUGUGGAGAGGGCAGCCCGGUGCGUGGGUCACAGCUUCAAUGGUUCAAUGAUUCAAUUUAGUAUCCGGGAACAGAGACAGUAUGAAACCUGAAGUUCUUACGCUUCACAUCCACAAAACAAAAGAAAAACCCCUACGGAUAAAUGACCAAAACACUUUAGAACCCCAAGCCCUCCUCCCCACACACAAACAGCAGCAAAGCAUUACCUCCCCCAUCUGCCUCAGCCCCCACCACCCACCAUGCAAAGCACCCAAAGAAACCAUAAGUCCAUUAGAUACGGGAGCAGAAUUAGGCCAUUUGGGCCAUCGAGUCUGCUCUGCCAUUUCAUCAUGGCUGAUCCAAUUUUCCUCACGGCCCCAAUCUGCCUUCCCCCGCCAUGUAUCUGUUAAUGCCCUGACCGAUCAAGAAUCUAUCAACCUCUGCCUUAAAUAUACUUAGAGACUUGGCAAAGAAUUCCACAGAUUCACCACUCUCUAGCUAAAGAAAUUCCUCCUUAUCUCCAUUCUAAAAGGAUGCCCCUCCAUCUAAGGCUGUGCCCUCUGGUGCUAGACACUCUACAUCCAUUCUAUGAUAUAGACUUCAUGAAAAAAAACACUGUUCAUCCCAACGCUUUGACAUCCCACAGCCUCUCUCUCCAUAUUAUACUGACCUGGCUUGUGUAUUAUGUAAACAGCUGGGACCCAACAUCCAUGGUUGCCCCGACCAACGGGGGCCUCAAUAUUUUGUCCACUCCUAUUUCAUUUAUUAGGAGGUUGCGGGUUGCCUGAUAGAGGUAUAUAAGUUGGUAACGUGCAUGGACUGGAUGUAAGGACAUAGUCUUUUUCCCAGGGAGGAAGUGCUAAAACAAGAGGUUUCAGAUCAGAGGCAAGAGAUUAAAAGAUACAUCGGGGAAGCUUCUUCACACGGAGAGUGCUGUGUAUUUGGAAUGAGCUUCCAGAAAGACUGAUUGAAGUGGACACAUUAGCAAUAUUUAAAAGCCAUCUCUUUAAGUACAUGGGUAGGAGAGGUUUAGAGGGCUUCGGGCCAAACUUGGGCAGAUACAACAAGCUUGCUGGGCAACAUGGAUGAGAUGGGUCAAAGGGCUUGUUUCCAAGCUGUAUGACUCUGGGAAAUCUACUGUGGCUAUUAGAGCAGGUCUAAGGAUGUGGAUCAAUCGGGGUGCUACGGUGGAGGAGCGAAUAACUGUAAUAUUACAGCUCGGGGAGUCAGAGUUCAAUUCUGACACUGUCUGUAAGGAGUUUGUAUGUUUUCCCAUAAUACACAGGGUUUUCCUCCGGGUGCUCCAGUUUCCUUCCACAGUCCAAAGCCGUACUGGUUAGUAUGUUAAUUGGUCAUUGAUCUGCACCAAAUUGCUAAAUAAAUAAACAACCUCCUGGCACCCCAAAGAUUUUCCAACAUCUACAAAGCUGACGUCAGGAUUGUAACAGAACACCCUCCACUUGCUUGGAAUGAAAGCGUCUCAAAAACUCUGAGGGGAUUUGACACCAUCCAGGCAAAGGCAACUGUUUAACUCCACAUUUGUCGUUCCUUCAUCAUUGCAGAGUAUAUCACCCUCAAAACACAUCAUUGUUACUUACCUUGGUCAUACUGACAACAUUGCACAGAACACCACCUCCUGUCCGUUCCCCGCCAUCCUGACGUUUUCCCAGGGCGGAAAUGGCUAGUCCAAGGGGGCAUCGUUUUAAGGUGAUUGGAGGAAGGUUGGGGGGGGAUAUCAGAGGUAGGAGAGUGGGGGUAUGUAGAACAUCCUGCCGGGAUGGUGGUAGAGGUAGAUAUGUACAUUAAGAGCUCUUAAGAAACUCUGAGAUGGUACAUUGAUGAGGGCUAUGUGAGAGAGAAGUGUUACAUUGACCUUAGAGUAGGUUAAAAGGUUGACAAACUGCUGUGUUCUGAAGGGCCUGUCGUGUUCUCUGUUCAAUGACUUGGAAAUUAGUCCUGUAACCCCACAUACAGUGUGUGACACUUCCAACACACCGAUAACUCAGAAAUGUUACCCACCACUUCCUACCGUGUGGAGGCUUUAGAGAGGGUGCAGAGGGUUACCAGGAUGUUCCCUAGAUUAGAGAGCACGUCUUAUAAGGACACGUUGAGCGAGCUGGGGCUUUUCUCUUCAGAGCAAAGAGGUCACUCGAUAGAGGUGUGCAAGAUGAUAAGAGACAUAGAUGGAGUGGACAGUCAGAGACUUGUCCCAGGGUGGAAAUGCCUGAUCAAGUUAGCAUAAUUUUAAAGUGAUCAGAGAAAUCUAUAGGGGGGGGGGAAUGUCAGAAAUAGGUGUUUAUAUACAGAGAGUGGUAGGUUUAAGGACCACACUGCCUGGCGUGCUGAUAGAGACAGAUACAUUAGGGACAUUUAAGAGACUCGUAGAUAGAGUAGACACACGGAUGAUAGUAAAAAGGAGGGUAUGUGGAUUGAUCUUGGAGUAGGUUAAAAGGUCAGCACAGCAUUGUGGGCUGAAGGGCCUGUACUAUGCUGCAUUUUUCAAUGUCCUAUGUUUUAUAUUCAACAGUAAUUAGAGAUUAGUAAUGAAUAUCAGCUUUGGCAGUCCCACCCACAGCUCAAGAAAUUAAUGAAUUGGAAUUUUUUGAUUAGUUUGGGAGGCAGAGUAGAGAUAUAUCUCUACAAAGGAGGUGUAAGGCACUCCUUCCCUCCGUUAGCCUGCAGGUCACCCUUGGGCAAGGUAUAGCGCCUGCUUAGCCCCCAUUCAGGGUCACGUGAAGCCAUGGGGGCAGGUGGUGGAUGGUCGUAUGAGCAGCCGGUGCAGAUCACAAAUCCUGGUUAUGGGACCACUGACACCAGGCGGACAAUCUCUGAAGAGUAUUGAUAAUGGCUGGGGUCACCCACCUUGUAAAGACACUGCCCAGAACGAGGCAAUGACAAACCACUUCUGUGGAAAUAUUGGCCAAGAGCAAUCAUGGCCAUGAUCGCCCACAUCAUAUGUCAUGACACUGAUCAGCAGCGAAAGGGCACUUUAAAAUGCCAGUGCCAGUUUUCAGCUGCAAUUCAGUGCUUUCAGAUCUUUGACUGUUUGAGAAAUCUCUGCAAAAUUGGCAAAGGUUAAAGAGAAAAGGAGAGAACUCACGAAAGCCUGCUGACCAUGUCCAGAGAGAUGAAAAGAGAACGCUAACCUGCUGGUGAAAUAGCGAUUGGUUUCAAUGAGACUCUUUGAUUAUUCUUGGUACACCUCACUGAGAUGUGAACUUGUUCAUAAACACUCGUUAGUUCAAGAGGUUAGUGAAGCCUUUAAUACACAGUUGCCUUUCCGAGGAAUGUCCGGGGGUGAUAGAUAAUGUGUCGGAUAUAAGAACACUGAGCAUUAUAGGGGGCAGAGCAAGAACAAGUAAACAAACACAUACCACCUUGAUAAUGAAGUGCAUUGAACUUGAAUUCACUAUUUGACACAUAGAUGAAAGGAAGUAGGAAAUGUGUAGAGGCCAAGAGGUUGAGCUAAUGAAAAGCUCCCUACAUUCCUCCUGGGUAAACAUGUUAUGGCUGAAACCCAACCUGCUCCCCGUGGAGGCAAGUUGCACAGUGGGUAGAGCUGCUGCCCCACAACUCAGGCAACAUGGGUUCGAUCCUGGCCUCCGCUGUUGUCUGUGUCUGUUCUCCCUGAGGCUGUAGGGAUCUUCCACAUCCAGAAUCAAAAUCGGGCUUAACUUCUCUGGCAUAUGUUGUGAAAUUUACUGUUUCUCUGCAGUACUACAUUGUAAUACAUAAUGAUAAACAAACUAUGCAUUUCAAUAAGAAAUAUAUUUUCAAAAUUAAAUUAAGUAAGUAGUGCAAGAAGAGAGCAAAAAAAAAGAAAAACAAUAUUGAGGGACUGUUCAUAGGUUUGUUGUUCUCUCAGAAAUCUGAUGGCAGAGGGGAAAAAGCUGUUCCUAAAAUGAUGAGUGUGUGUCUUCAGGUUCCUGUGCCUCUGCCUUGAUGGUUACAAUGAGAAGAGGGCAAAUCUUAGUGAUGGGGGUCUUUAGUAAAGGUUGCCUCCUUUCUGAGGCACUGCCUUUUGAAGAUGUGCUCGUCACUGUGCCCACGAUGGAGCAGGCUGAGCUCGUAGCUUUCUGCAGCCUUUUCUGAUCCUGUGCAGUGGCCCCUCCGUAACAUGCAGCGAUGCAACCACUUAGAAUGCUCUCCACAGUACUCCUCUAGAAUUUGUAAGAGUCUUUGGUGAUGUUCCAAAUCUCGUCGGGCUCCUAAUGAAUAAAGGCGUGUACGUUGGUGAGGAAGCAGGCCACAGUAAAUUGUCCCUAGAGUAAGGGUGAGGGGUAGAAUCUUUGGGGGUAUUAGGGAAUGCAGAAGAAUUUUAGAAAAGGAAUAAAAGAAGAUUACUGUAGAUGGGUGGUUAGUGGACAGCAUGGAUCUCCUGCACUAGAGGGCCUCUUUCAAUGCUGUACCACUCUAGGAGAAUGAAGAACGAAAAAUCUUUGCAGUUGUAUUGCUGAAGUGGUAUAUGUACCCAAUAGUACCCAUUGCAGUGAAGCAAAUGGAAGCUAUCUGCUCCACUGUCACGUCCAGGCUGACCCAGAGAAGUGAUUCAGAUCAGUCACAUUAAUCUGGAUUAGUCCUGUUUCUCAGCUCUGGGUACAUUGAUCCUGUCGAUCGCUAACCGUACUUCCACUGCUUCACCAGGUGCUCUGGAAAGAAUGUGAGGGUGGUUUUAGUCAGUGGGUUCAGCCAGCUGACCAACUUCCCUCCAAUCAAGCACGGCCUUAAACCGAUGUCCCUGGUAACUGAUCUCUCUGCUAAGAAGAUCGAAUUUCUGUUGAUGCAGUCUCAGCCUCUAAAGAUACAUCGGUUAAGCAGCCCUAGGCCUUGACUGUGGACAGUCCCAGCCUGGUCUCUGAGGUGGACAGUCCCAGCCUGGUCUCUGAGGUGGACAGUCCCGGCCUGGUCUCUGAGGUGGACAGUCCCAGCCUGGUCUCUGAGGUGGACAGUCCCGGCCUGGUCUCUGAGGUGGACAGUCCCGGCCUGGUCUCUGA